UCCGGCGAGGGGCCCGGAGAUAGUGCGAAGACCAGCUCCAUGUCGCGUCGCGCCCGCUCGCUCUCACGCCUCAGCCCGUUCGAGAACCCUUCUUUUGCCUCCACACUUCCUCCGUUCUCGACUCGUCAUGGAACCGGCAUGCGCCCACCAGGCGUUCGACGAAAUUACUCUGUGGGGAUGAAGCAAAAUUCAACGUCGUGGCCCGCCACGGGGACUCGGAGGAGGAAGAACAGGCAGAGAGAGAGAGAGAGAGAGAGAGAGAGAGGGUAACGGAGCCGUCAAAGAAACGAUAAGGUCGGUAGGAAGCCGGGGUGGGGCCCAGCGUGUACCCGUGUCGAUUCGCGCAUGGACUGGAGCGCCCAAUAAUUUCUCCUCCCUCCGUCGCCGAAACCACGCGUCGCUCGUUUCCGCACUCCCCCUCCACCUCCACCACUGACGUGCCGAAGAAGAGCAGCCAAAACCAUCUUCUUCUUCUUCUUCUUCUUCUUUAUCUUCUUCUUUUGUAAGGAGUCAGGGGACGCCGCCGUCUAUGGCUUCUUGUAGUGGUCGUCGCCGCCGCCGGAGAGAAGGUGGAGCAGCCGAGCGGGAGGCCGCGGCCGGUCCUCCUCGCCGUGGGAGCCGUUGCUUCUUCAAGUUCAUACUCUCCGGCGCGAUCGACUCUGGGAAGCUCGGAAUUCCAAAGAAUUUCUUGAGAAGACGUGGGAAGGAUCUCUCAAACUCGGUGCUUCUUAAGGUUCCUGGCAGUUCAACCUGGACUAUAGAACUAGAAAAGCAUAACCAUGACAUGGUUUUGUUGGGGAAAGGGUGGCGGGAAUUCAUGGAGCAUUACUCCAUUGGUCAUGGUCACUUCAUAGUUUUCAAAUAUAAAGAGAACUCCACUUUUCGCGUAAUAAUAUUCGAUAAGAGUGCUUCAGAGAUAGAUUAUUCCUCGAGCAGGGGUGAACCAUCAUACCUUGGGAGCGAACUUCCCUCGCCAGAAGCAGAAGAUGUUGUAGAAACAGAUCGUCUGGAGGAUGUCAAACCCCGUCAAAGAAUGAGGAUGGAGCCACAUUUACCUUGUUCUCAGCUAAGUCCGAGUUUCUCACCGCGAGGGUCUGAAGUUUCCAUGGAUACUGACCCUGAAGAACCACAUAUGGCUCAAGCUCAAGCUGGCCUGACAGAGAGGAGUAAACAGCCAACAUGCGGAGCGAGUCAUUCUGAGCUGGAUUUUCACGGUCCUAUGCUUCCAAGACCUCUCACUACUCCUGAAUUAACCCGCAAAAUUAAUUCCGAAUAUCCCUUUUUCAUAAAGGUGAUUAGGCGAUCUUAUAUGAGUAAACUGAGUAUUCCAGGUGGAUUCUUCAAGCAGCAUAAGCUGGAAAAGCAAAGAGUAACUCUAAGGCAUGCCAACAGAUCAUGGUCAGUGAGUUUUGGCAGGAGCAACAGACACGUCAGAGGGGCUUUGUGUCUGUUCUUUUCUGCUGGUUGGGAUGCAUUUGCAAGAGAGACUCAUCUGCACAUAGGAGAUGUCUGCAUGUUCAAGCUAAUUGAUAGGGAUGAUAUUGUAUUCGAAGUCUCCGUUUUGAGUGUUCUUCGCGGGAACAAACUGUCCAAACGCAAAUUGAAUCAUCAUGAGCUGGUUACUUGUGGUCCUAGACCUCCAAAGCCCCCCACUACACCUGAAGUAGCCAGUGAAUUUGAGUCGGAGCAUCCCUUCUUCAAAGUGGUGAUACGGCAAUAUCAUAUGAAACAUAUGUGGUUUGUUCAUGCAUGUAUGAAUGGGCAGUAUGUUCCAAAUCAAUUUUCCCAGCAACAUAUUCAAGAAAACAAGGAAAUGGCGACUCUCAGGUUUUCAGAUAGAUCGUGGCUGGUGAAGCUCUUAAGCUAUACGCAUAAUAAAUACCAGGGGGUGUAUUUCUCUGUUGGUUGGAAAGAAUUUGCAAGAGAAACUCAUCUGUGCGUGGGAAAUAUCUGUAUGUUUGAACUCAUUGAUAGUGAUGAUGUUGUCUUUCAAGUCUCCGUUUUUAGUAGUGCUGGUGGGAUAGAGAAAUCUACAUGCAGAGCGAGCCGUUCUGAGCUGGAUUUUCAUGGUCCUGCACUAUCAAGGCCUCUCACAUUGCCCGAAUUUGCUAGCAAUAUUGAUUCAGAGCAUCCCUUUUUCAAAAAGUGACCCCCCAAAGUUAUUUCCAUGGCCUGGUGAGAUCUAAAGUUUAAAUCAUCACUCACAUAUCUCAUAUUCAUUUUUCACUGUUUCAUGUAUUGGCUAUUCAAAACAUGCACAUGUGCAGAGUGUUCCGGUUAAAUUUGUCAAGCAACAUCUUCACGAAAACAAACAAGUAGCAACUCUUCGGUAUUCGGACAGAUCGUGGCCAGUGAAGCUCAUUAGGAGCCUUGGACAGGCCAGAGGUGCUCCGGCUCUGGCCUUCUCCACCGGUUGGUGUGCAUUCGCAAGAGAAACUGAUCUGCGUGCAGGAAAUGUCUGCUUGUUUGAGCUCAUCGAUAGGGAUGAGACAGUGUUCAAAGUCUCCAUUCUGAGAGGUGCUGGUAAUGACCUGAUUCAUGUUAAUGGAGAUGAGCAUCGGAAGUAUUACCUGAGGCCAUUGCAGCAUCGAAAUGAAAUCAGGGGUUCCUAAUGAUGCCUCCUUAUAUUAAGCAGCGCAGCAGCGAAUCAAUCAAAAGCACUCUUUUCUGCUUUUUGUUCUCCUUUCUUCCUUUUUGUGCUAGUUUCAAUUCUAUGACUACCUUGCUUGGAAAGAACCUCCCAAAUCAGUGAUCUCUAUGGUUUUGCACAGCGGCUCAACCUGACCAGUGGAUCUACAGGACAGUGAAGACACAAUGCUCUGAUGUAUGUUCAUGGAGUAUUUCUCCUUUUAUAUGUUUUGUCCUUCAAAUAUUAUGGCUUGUCCUCGUCCUCUUCGUUCCCGGAGAGAAUACGAAGCUGUUGCCGAGCAGGAGACUCCUCCUCCUAGUAGUAGCCAUCACUUCUUCAGGAUCAUAUUCUUCGGGAUCGUACUCUCUGACAAGCUAAUUUGCCAGGUUACGAGUUUUGAUCAACACCCUUGAGAGGUUCCGGAAAGUCAUUGAUCUCAAUUAAGCAGCAAUCCAAAGCAUUUUCUUUUA